GUAUUUUUAAAAAAUCUUGUUAUGUUUCACAGUAAAUACAAUAUAAAAGAAAGCCAUCCGUUAGGAAAAAGGGAUGCAAAAAAAUUCAAAGAUGAUGUUGCUGUUCUCUUCGGUGCAGACUUUUCAGGUAUUUAUGAGUCCUUGUUUACAAAAAACGCUUCAAUUUUGAAACAAGUGUGGAAAAUUGGCGACGCUUCUGCAGCUUUAUAUAUAGUGGAUCAACUGCCUCUCUUCUUCACAGUUCAAGAAUUUCCUGUUGACAUAAAUCGAGCCUUUUCUCGCCUUCCCAACAAAAAUAUUCUGAUACCAACGGUUUUCUUGCUACUAACUAUAAGGCUGAUGUUAUAUGAAACAUCACAGAAUAUGAUUGACUUUUUCCAAAAUAUUGGCCUUUUAGUUUCCUGCUAUAGUGCAACAUCGCGUUAUAUUUUAUCUGGUGCUCAUCUUAUGAUGCCAGGAAUUGUUUCAUGUAGCAAAAGUAGUUCAUUGAAAAAAAAUGAGGGUUCAAUAGCCUUAAUUUAUAUAGUUGGAAAUGAUAUCCCAUUUGCGGUUGGUCUUCAGACACGCCAGCUCGUUAUAAACAGCGAGUCAGGCAUAGGUGUAUAUGUUAUGAAUUGUUUCAAUGAUUCGUUGUGGAAAUAUUUUUAUUCCUGCUUUCAUGUGAAGAGUCUUGCACUUUCUAUUGGAGUGAGUUCUGUGCCUGAAGAAUUUAGUGAGAGGCAGAUUUUAUCUGCAAUAAACGAUAGAGAAGAUGAGUUACUACCUAAUGAUUCAGAAAAACAAGUAUACAAGACCACAGAGAAAUGCUUUUCUGAAACUACUAACGAUUCAGACUUUUCCUCUAUUCUAGAAGAACAUCAUGAACUUUUCCAAGAUGAAGAAUCGAUCCUAAAAUUUUCAUUCUGUGAAGCUGUAAAAUCAAUAAAAACGUCUAUGCUACCACUUCCCCUAUGUGAGUUUACAUCGAUUUUUGUUAAAUCGUAUCCACUAAUUUCACCUGAUUCAAAAGAGAUUGAUAUUCGUAAAACUCACGCUAAAAAAGCACUUUCAUACUUUCGAAAUUUCCCAGACGUUAUCGAACUUACAGAGGUAUCUGAUGGAAAUUAUGUGGUUGUGAAAAUAAACAGAAAUCAACCACUUCUUCGUGACCACAAUAGUAAAUACUCUACCUUUCUCAAGGAAAUUCAUGAACCAAAAAAAGAACAAUUGGCUCGGAAGGAUCAAAUGGAUAAGCUAAGCGAUUUUUCCACCGUUGUACUACCAAAAAUAAUAUCGGUUUCCGAGCUGUAUUUUAUCGGGAAGGGUCUAGAUUUAGAUUUUCUUGCCCCUUUUUUUGAAGACUCUAGUGCUUUGGAAGUAAUUGAGACUUCCGAAGAAUUUAAAAUAACAAGUAUUGAGAAUGUGAAUAAGCCUUUGUUUGAUUCUAGCAUCUUUAAUGAUGGAUUAACUUUAAGUCAAAUCAGAAACGCGGUAAAAGGGUAUGUUAAAUUCAAUAAACUAAUAGGAUCUUCUGGACAAUAUAGUAAAAUUCCACUUGUCAAACUAAACGCAACGCUAUCUUGGUUUGCAUGUUCAGAUUCGUCUGAAAUAUUAAUAACUACCUUAAUAGAACGUGUCCUCAAAAGGUUCAUAUUAAAACAUAAAAUUGUUUGGAAGCCCUUUGUUCAAAACGAUUCCAUUGUUAUUGAUGAUAUUCAUUCACGUUGUACUUUAGCUAAUGGAUCCCCUCCUAUUGUUAAAAUAUCUACAAAAAUGGAACGUGGUAAUAAAGUUAUCACUAUUGUAGAGAAUCUCGACCACUACUGUUUAGAUUUUCAGACAGUCUCCACAUUUUUUCGUAAAAAAUUAUCAACAAGCUGCUUUGAAUAUAGUCAAAAUGGCAAGGUCGAUAUUUUAAAAGGGGGUGCUAAGAACAAGUUACAAAUUGCUCUUAAAGGUAAUGUAAAGGAUAAACUCACAAAAUUGAUUUUAAACGAGUUUGGGAUUCCUUCUCGGUAUGUUAAUCAAUGCGCUUAA